AUGCAUCUCCGCACGCUGAUGUCCGUCGCGCGGAUCACGCCACCAAGGGUGCUGAUCGUUGCAGGUUCAGACAGCGGAGGAGGAGCGGGACUCCAGGCGGACCUGAAGAGCUGUACUGCCCUCGGCGCCUUCGGCACAACAGCCGUGACGGCGCUCACCGCGCAGAACUCUCAUGGCGUCCAGGGCAUUUUUCCCAUUCCCAUUGAUUUCCUGCGGUCGCAAAUGGAGUCCGUGCUUACAGACUUCGGCACUGAUGUGGUGAAAACUGGGAUGCUGGCCACUUCAGAAAUUGUUUCCGCGGUUGCGACGUCCCUGAAGGAACAUGUUGCACCGGCAGAGCGCUGGCGCCGGAUCCUUGUUGUAGACCCUGUUAUGGUCUCUACCAGCGGGCACGCGCUGUUGCAGCCGGAUGCCGUGGAGAGCGUCCGGAAAGAGCUGUUCCCGCUUGCCACGAUCAUCACUCCGAACUUGCCCGAGGCUCGGCUCCUCCUGGGCCGCGAUGGCAUCGACACGGUCGAAGCCAUGAGGCAGGCUGCCAGAGAGCUUGCAGCCAUGGGCCCUGAGUGGGUGCUGGUCAAAGGUGGACACCUCGCGGAGAGCGAGGAUGAGAUGGAAGCGACCGACGUGUUAUGCAACGGCAUCACGGGCGAAUGUACGGCCUACAAGUCGUCAAUGAUCAAGACGUCGCACACCCAUGGCACAGGCUGCACCCUCGCUUCCUCCAUCGCCAGCUGCCUGGCGCGAGGCAUGGAGAUGCCGAUGGCAGUGCAGGAGGCGAAGCGCUAUGUCAGUGGGGCCAUUGCGGCUUCCGCGCAUCUGGCUUUGGGAACUGGCCCCCAGGGGCCCAUGAACCACAGCUGGAGACUCUUCGAGUGGUGA